CCAUUUUACAAGCAUUAAAACUCUCCUACAAACCGCGUUUCCAAAAAGAAAAACAAUAAGUCAAACAAAACCACCUUAUACCUUCAAAUUCUAUAUAUCUUCAUAUCCAACCACCUUAAAAAUCAAAUCAAAAAAUUUCCAAAAAAAAAUAAAAAAUGGCAUCGAUCUAUACAUGUAACGAAUGUGGCACAAAUCUCAAUCUCCAAACAUCCAACCUUUUCCCACCCGAUUUCUACUUCGAAGCAGGCAACAAAAACACACUUUCAUUUGCAUCUAUUGAUUCAUCAAAGUUCAGAUUUGUGAAAGAAGACAAGAUCAGACCCUUUUUUGAAACAAUCAAUUAUUGGGGGAUCCAAAGAAAAAGAACAAAGAUAAUAUGUAACAGUUGUGGUCGGUUAGUUGGUUAUGAAUAUGAUGAUGGACCUCCUAUGAUGACUGGGACUGGUCAGUUUGGGUUUGGGCCUAGCCAGGCUAUUCCUAGAGCUCCUAGAUAUCGGUUUAAACUUAAAUCUUUAAGGAUUACUUCUGAGACUUAGUUUUUUUUUUUUUUGUUUAAAGUAUAUUAAUGUAAAACAUUGUAUUGAACUUGUCAUGUUUUGUUA